GUUUGAAUGGCGGAAGUGAUGUCGCGGCUGGCCCCCGCGCAGGCGCACGAACGGCUGUUGGGAAGCGGCUCGGAGGCAGCUGUAGCUUUGGGCGUCCGAGGAGCUGCAACCCUGUGCGGCUCUCCCGCGGAGCGCGGAACCUUUAUUUUUAGAGAGUGUGGAAAUGAAAAGGAAAGUGGUUAGUUCAGGCAGGCUGAGACUGAGCCCCAAUGAGGAAGCCUUUGUCUUAAAGGAAGAUUAUGAAAGAAGACGGAAAUUAAGACUCCUGCAGGUUCGAGAACAAGAAAGGGGCAUCGCUUUCCAGAUAAGAGAAGAUAUAAAACGGAGGAGAAACCAGCAGUUUGCUCGUCUGGCAGAAGAGCUGAGGGCAGACUGGGCAGAGUCACAGACUCAGAAAAUCAAGAAGCUAGAGAAGCUCUACUUGGCGAGUCUGAGAACGCUGGGCGAAGGCCACCAGCAGGCCACGGUGCACGCACCUGAUUUGAACGCUCUGGAACAGCAAGCAGCAGAAAGAAAACUGAAAGCAGAAAUCAGACAUAAGGAGGCCCUGAAGGUGCAGAAAGAUCAGAAGAAACAAUUAAUGAAACAAAAAACCUGGCACCUGCAGGCCCGCAAGGACGCCCUGCUCGUGGAGAAGGAGAGAUCCGCCAGAGUGACGCGGCUGCCGCCGCCACCACCACCACUGUUUGAGAACAUCGACCUAAGUAGGAUCCCCCCCGUGAAACCCAGUUGUGCUUCCUACCAUCAUCUCAGCAGCCUGGUGAACCGAGAGAUGGACCCAGAGCAGCCAGACGCUCAUUUGGCUGCUGAAGAAGAAGCAAAAAGGCUGGAAGAUGCCGAGCGACAGGCCUCCCGAGAGAGGGCAGAGCGCUGCGAGAAGGCCCACAUUCGUGGCUCCCGUGCGCUGACCAGGAUCCGGCUCGCUCAGAACCAAGAGAAGCUCCUGAGAGAGCUGAAGCAGCUGCAGCAGGAGGACCUGGCGCGGCGGAGGCAGACGGUGGCCCAGAUGCCGGCCCAGCUGGUCGAGCUGCCCUACCGGCGCAGUGAGAUGAAGGAGGAGUGGCAGAGAGAGCUGGAGUUCGCCUUUGAGGACAUGUACAACGCGGGCAAGAAGGUGGAAGGGAACCUGGUCUUGCACCUUGAGCCUGAGCCCGUCGUGGCUGAUCCGAUCCGAGAUGAAGACCUAGACCUGUCCAUGGAACAAGAGCUCCCGGGGGAUGCCACGAGCCCUGCCGUAGUGGACGUGGAUGUGCCAAGCACCAGCGAUGCCGACGUGAAGCCCCAGCCAGUGCCUUCGAAGUUGCUUUAUAAGAAAUUACUGAGCAAGAUCCGAAACCAGAAGUCUCUGUGGACGGUCCAGUCUGUGUGUGAGGAGGAGGGCAGCUUGUCCACGUGUGUUGAAGGCAGCAGCAGUCAGGAGCCCUCAGCUGAGACAGAGGUGUCUGCCGCCACUGAGAGCGAGACCACAACAACCACGGCGACCGACACGGCAACUGACUCGGGGCCCCUCCCCGAAAGCCUGCCCGCAUGUGAGGCUGAACCUGUCAAGGAAACAGGGAUACCUGAGGUGCAGCCUGUUCCCGACAUGGCCACCGAGUCCGUCGAGUCCGUGCUGCUGCAUCCACAGGAGGCGGCCACCAAGGUCCGGAUGGCUGCAAGGCGGCGGCAGAUCAUGGAAAUUGAAGAGCAGAAACAAAAGCAGCUGGAAUUGCUGGAGCGAAUCGAGCAGCAGAAGCUCAGACUAGAAAGUGACCGCUUCCGGGCCCAGCUGGAAGAGAAGAGGACGGCAGCCCUGCGGGCCGAGGAUGGUUCCACCUCGACGCCUAGCUCCCGGGUGGCCGAGGACAGUCACAGGCAGACAAUCCGCAGUUACCAGCGUCACCUCCUGCAGCAGAAUAGGCUCCACAGGCAGGCGGUGCAGGCGGCCCGGAAGCAGCUGCUGGAGUUCCAGAGCGUGCUGAGAGGGACACACCUGGGGCCUGGCAUGGCGGGUCUUGCACCCGGGCUGCAUCCUGGGCUGCGAACUGGCGAGUCCACACAGGGCCUCCUGCUGGGCAGGGCAGCAUCUACAGACACGCCCAGCACCUCCAUGCUCUUGGCACAGACCCCUCAGGCCGCGGUGCGCCCCCGUGGCCCCGACAUAGUCCCCACCAGCUCUCCCGGCCCCCACCAAGCCUCGUCCUACCACGCACUGCCUGCAUCGCACAGCACCAGUGGGGAGGCAUCUGCCCAGCCCAGGGGGGCACCGUCACUGCUCACAUGCAGCUCGUGGCCUGUGGCUUCCGGUGUGACCUCGCUGUCCUUGGACACGGGUGCCACCCAGCGAGACCUCCUGCAGCUGCUCCAGGAGCAGCUGGACGUGCAGAGGGAGGCCUUACAGUCCCAGGAGGCUCAGGAGCCUCUGAAGCCAGGUGCCUGCUUUCCCUUACACCCCCUGGGCUUCUCGGCUCCACUGCUUCCGGCCAGCGAGGGUCCUGGGUGGUUCCCAGAGUCCUCUCCCCUCGAGGGCGAUCCUGGCAUGUUCUCAGACCACGCAGGGGACCCACAGCCGGUCUGGGUGCCAGGCCAAGCGGCACCAGGGGCUGGUGAGCAGGAGGCUGACCCACUCACCCUGCCGCCUGCCAUGGACAGCCUGCCUGCUGAGCUCCCGGAAGCAAGUCUCUGUCCCCCUUCGGGCCCAGCCAGGCCUCUCAGUAUCCUGAACCAGUUCUUGCCACUGCACAACUGCCUGAAGCUGCUCCAGGCCCAGCUGGCCACUCAGUGGGAGGCCCUUGCUGCCCGGCACGAUGCCCAGGCCCAGCUCCUUGCCCGGAGACCCUGGGACCCUGGGCACAGCUUGGCUGGGCAUGGAAGCUUUGCACAGGUGUCUGGCCCAUGCUCCCCAACCCAGGAGAGGCACCUUCCUCCUGGCCCCCAGCAGGAGGAGCUGUGCCUGGCACCCUUCGGACACACCCACAGGUUGCAGAGGGGCCUGGGCGUCGAGCCGGAAACCCAGGGCUGGUCACAGGGCCCAGGCGGGGCUGUGGGAGGGCCACCUGGGCAGGCCAGCCCCCCUUGUACCCUGUCCCAGGUGAUGACGCCUGAAGGGGCCCAGAUUCCACCAUUUCAGGAGGAACUCGACAGGGGCUCCCAGCCUGUGCCCCCUGCUCGGGACAGUGCACAGGGGGGUCGGGAGACGCUUGACUCAGGGGAUGUCCCUGUCCAGGGCCAGAAAAUCCCGGAGAGCCUGCCCUCAGAGCCUGCCAGGCCCCAGGAGCCGUCUGCAGAGCCGGACCCCGGCCAUGUGCAGGCCUUGGAGCUGCAGGCUCGGCUUCAGAGACUGUCACGGCUCCUGCAGCCGCAGUGUGGGCAGCUGCAGGCACUGCAGGAGCGGCUGGUGGCCCAGAGGGCAGCCCUCACCUGCACCGGGGAGGCCCCGGCUGCAGUACCCUCGGCACACCCGCUGCCCCCUGACCGCAGCGGCCUGGCGGCUCUGCAGCAGCAGCUCGACAGCCAGAAGAAAGCGCUCCGCGCCCGGCAGGCGGCACAGGAAGGCCUCCUCCUGCAGCGGCUGCAGGAGCUGGAGCGGAGGGUGUGUGCACCCUGGGCAGCGGGAGCCAGGGGCAGCCCCAGCCCCAGCCCCGCCCGCAGCCUCCUGAACGGAUCCGGGCUCACAGCACCACAGGGGCCCAGGCCACACGACCUUCUGUCCGGCCGCCCCACUGAGCCCUGCCCUCUCCUUCCUCUGGCCUCGACCAAAGGUGGGUCCACAGACCCCAGCAAUGCCAGUCAGCUCUGGGGUCAACAGAGAGAAGGCCAGAAAGAGAUGCAGGGACAGCAGGCCUCACAGGAAGCCCUGGACACUGGGCCGACAUGUGCCCCCCCGGAGUGUCCUGGUGUCCUGGAUGUCGCCGCAGAGGGCCAGCUGCUGUCCGAGCCGCUUACCUCCCCAUCAUUGCUUGCCCCUGCCACUGUGCCAGUGGCCAGCUUGCUCCCUGAGCCCCUGCACAGAGUGGCACCCAGACCCCCACGGCCACCUGUGGCCAGAGUCCAGAGCGGGCUGGAGCUACAGCAGCACGAGCUCAGCCUCAUCCCAGAGGGCGAGUCCCCCACACCCUCAGACUUUUGUCAAGACAGAGACCCCCUGCGAGUGUCCGUCAGCCGGGAACAGAGCCUGCUAGGAGACGUGCCGGCCCGGCCUGUGUCUGCUCGGCCGCCACUUGUCCAUGUAUCUGCUGCUGGGGCAGUGAUGGGGCAGGAGCCUGAGCAGCCUGCUGCGGUUCUCAGCUGCACCGUGGAGGCAGCCCAGACGCGUCACAGCCCAGCCCUGGAGCCAGCACAGAUGGAAGUACAGGAGACUUAUCACGAGCCACUCUCAAUAACCAUUUCUACUGGGAGCUUUUUAAGUUUCGAAAACCCAGAUUUGAGCCUUACAGAUUCAGAGUCCUUUUCCGAUAACGUGGGUCCUGGUCUACUGGCCGAGGCGGAAGCGUGUCUUGGCUUGGCCCCUCUGACUGCUUACCCAAGAGCAGACCCUCUAGACAUGGCUGCACUGGUGUUGCAGAGAGCAGAUGUGCACCAGGAGGACACCAGCUCCACAGCCCAGACUCUGACCCCGCCAGAACCAGAGCCAACCUUCCCAGAUGUGAGCCACCAACAGUUUAAGCCCUUAGAAGCACAUCUGGAUCUGGACGUGUCGCCCCUGCCCUGUGGGCUGAACCUUUCCCAGGUCUCAGAGCAUUCCCGUGAGAACUGCUCCAGCGUGCCGUCACCCACCAGUUCCAGCUCUGGCACCUCACUGAGGGUCCGCCCGCACCCUCUUCUCACUACAGGCUCUGCCUGGCCACCUGCCCCUGCCCCAGCCUACACCACAGCUUCGUGCUUGACUGACCAUGCUGAGGGUUCCCAGCAAGACUUUCUUCACCUCCUACCAGAACUGUCAUCGCCAGAGAGCCAGCAGGCCGAUCUACCGAGCAUCCUCAGCAUUGAGGCAGGAGACCGCCCUGGGUGUCUGGACCACCUGGACCCCUCUGAACGGCUGGAGCAGAGUCCAAAGAAUGUUCACUUCCAGUUCCCUGUGGGGACUGCGCUAGGUCUGGCCAUGCCAUCACCUGGCGAGGCAUGUGCAUUACACAGUUUGCUGCUCCCACCCAACCAGACCCUCCUAGGAAUGCCGCUCUCUGGCACUGCUUCCGAGUUGAGUGUGGAGCUGCACAGAGGAGCCACGGAGGUCAGUCCUGUGGCCCCACCGCUGCCUCCGACUCAGACUGGAACCCCAAAUCGGCUGGCAGGACCAGAGCUCUCUGUGAGUUCUGGGUCCUUCUCAUCACGGAGCCUGAUUCCAAUCUGGGAAACAGAAUCAGGCAGAGGCAUAAUGGAAGAACCGGAUCUCACUCUGGUGAGCCUCAGUGAUGUCAGCAUCGAAACAGACUUUUCCACCUUAUCCCUUGAAGAGAAGGAAAACAAGGCCCAGAGCAGCUUUCAAGCCAGUCCCUGUCCACAUGCUGCAGGACACUGUGCAAUAGAAGCUGCAGAACAUUCUCCACAGCUGUCAGAGAGCUUACAGGGAGCAAGUGUGGAAAGGAACCAGCCAUUCAUGAGAUGCUCCCAGAGGCAGAAGCAAUUACAAAACAAAACUCAGGCCUGUGAAAAUUCUCAAAGCAAAGUACUCAGAGAGAAGCCUGGAGGUUCUGGGAGUUACCUCAAGAGCAUGAGCAGAGUUCCUGCUUCUAUAGAAGACCAAAGGCCCUUCACACAUCAAAGGGCCCUAAGGCUGUACAAUCACACAGUUCCUGAAGUGAAGCAGCAAAAGGAGGAAAAAGCAAGACAAGAUGCUUAUGCCCAAAACAGAGCAAGAGCAAAAGAAUUUCACAAAAAAACACUAGAGAAACUUCGAGCCAAGAACACAUACUGAUUUGCUAAUAAACUUUUAUUUAUUUAUGCCA